UCAGCAGAAGAGCCCUGGUGUGUGUGUGCGCUUUAAAAACCCACCCCUUGGGUGGAGUCUGGCUUUCUUUCACGGUGUUGGCUGACUUACAGCUCAUGCAAAGUAGUGGCAAUUCCCGAGCUUUGAUCUCACGCUUUUGCUUUCCAGAGCAUCUCUGUCAGGGGCUGGCUAGCACGAGUUACUUUUCAGAACUCUUGGAUUACCUUCAUUCUGGAAGCUUUGCCUUGCCACUUUAAACCAUGGACAUCAUUGGGUUUCUGAAGUCUCAAUUCAUUUGCCACCUUCUUAUCAGUUAUAUAUUUAUAGUAUCAGGACUUAUAGUCAACUUUAUCCAGCUCUGCACGCUAAUUCUCUGGCCAUUCAACAAACAACUAUUCAGGAAGAUCAAUUGCAAACUGGCUUACUGCAUUUCUAGCCAGCUGGUGAUGUUGCUGGAAUGGUGGUCAGGCACUACUUGCACCCUCUACACUGACCCACAGAAUUACCACACGUAUGGGAAAGAAAAUGCCAUCGUAAUCCUUAAUCACAACUUUGAAAUCGACUUUCUCUGUGGUUGGAACUUUUGUGAAAGAUUUGGGGUUUUAGGGAAUGCCAAAGUACUUGCAAAGAAGGAACUUUCCUAUAUGCCAAUCAUUGGUUGGAUGUGGUAUUUCUUAGAGGUAGUUUUCUGCAAGCGCAAAUGGGAGGAAGAUCGAAAAACAGUCAUGCAAGGCCUGCUAAAUCUCCGGGAUUAUCCUGAAAAUUUCUGGUUUCUGAUUCAUUGUGAAGGUACAAGGUUCACAGAGCAAAAACACCAGAUCAGCAUGCAGGUAGCUGAAGCAAAAGGCCUGCCCAAGCUUAAGUAUCAUCUGCUGCCACGGACAAAGGGAUUUGCUGUCACUGUCCAGUGUUUGAGAAAUGUAGUUUCAGCUGUGUAUGAUUCCACAUUGAACUUCAGAAAUAAUGAGAAUCCAACUUUGCUGGGAGUUUUAAAUGGGAAAAAGUAUCAUGCAGACUUAUAUGUAAGGAGGAUUCCAUUAGAGGAAGUCCCAGAAGAUGAACAAGAAUGUUCUAACUGGCUUCACAAACUCUAUCAAGAGAAGGACUCCUUUCAAGAGAAAUACUACAGAACAGGAGUCUUUCCUGGCACUCCCAUAGUGCCACCCCGGCGGCCAUGGAGUCUGUUGAACUGGUUUUUCUGGGCCUUAUUGCUGCUAUAUCCUUUAUUCAAACUACUCAUCAACAUGAUCAGUAGUGGCUCGUCACUGACGCUUGCUUCUUUCACCUUUGUUUUCAUUGCAGCUUCUGUUGGUGUUCGAUGGAUGAUAGGAGUUACAGAAAUUAACAAAGGCUCAGCUUAUGGCAACCAUGCUAAUAAAGGGAAACUAAAGUGAAACUCUCCAGAGACUGCUUCACACCCAAAGGGACUGUGCACACCUGCUGAAAACUGUUGUGCAGUUUAUUUUUCUUCAAACAUGAUGAGGAAAAAGCCCACUGGAGGGCAAGCCAGAUGGUUAGCAGAAUUUAGACUCUUUUUUCUCUUUCCUCUUCACCCUAAUGGUUGAUAUUCUGCAGUUGAUUCUAUAAUUUUUUCCUCAUACAAGCCCCCUCUCAUGUCUAGCUUUUCACAGGAAGUGUCUUUAAUAAUUAGGAUUAAAAAUAUGCAAAGGGAAGCCUUACAGAGAAUGCUUUGAGGAGUUUGUUCCAUUUUAUCUCAUUCUGUCCACUUUGAGGGAAAAAUCCUUAAUUGAUCAAAUAAAUUUACUUUCUUAUAAAAA